AUGGAGCAGUCGGAGAAAACAGAAGCACAAUAUGUGGAUAGGCAAGGAGACCUUUCCAGGUCCGAUUCGGACGGCGUCGAUGGGCUGAGCUGGACAAAGGAGGAAGAAGACAAGCUCCGGCACAAGAUCGACUGGCACUGUGUGCCCAUCGUCACCGUCCUCUACCUGCUCUGCUUCCUCGACCGUAUCAACAUUGGAAACGCGCGAAUCCAAGGUCUGGCCACCGAGCUUGACCUCAACCGGGGCGUGCGCUUCAACUGGGUGCUGUCCAUCUUUUACAUCAUCUACCUCUUUGUCGAGGUUCCCAGCAACAUCAUACUCAAAAAGGUCGGGCCGCGCUUCUACCUGCCUUUCCUCGUGGUCGGCUUCGGCUUCGUGUCCAUGUGCACGGCGUUUGUGCACUCGUACGAGGGCCUCUUGGCCGCGCGCGCCUUCCUCGGCGUCUUUGAGGGCGGCGCCAUGCCGGGCAUGGCCUUUUUCCUCAGCUGCUUCUACAAGCGCGGCGAGCUGCUCUUCCGCAUCGGCAUCUACGUCUCGGCCGCGUCCAUGGCCGGUGCCUUUGGCGGGCUGCUGGCGGCCGGCCUGGCGCAGAUCCCCGAGUGGGGCAUCGCGUCGAUGCGCAUCUACGCGUGGCGCAACAUCUUCUUCUUCGAGGGGCUGCUGACGGUCAUCAUCGGGCUGCUGGCGCCCAUCUGGAUGCCGACGGACCCGGCGACGGCCUACUUUCUCAACGAGCGCGAGCGGCGCAUCGCGGCGGAGCGGCUGGCCCGCGAGCACAAGAGCCACCCGGACGAGCGCGUCAGCUGGGCGCACGUCAAGCGCGCCAUGCUGUGCAUCCACAACUACACAUGCGCCCUGGGCUUCUUCCUCAUCAACAUCACGGUCCAGGGCCUGUCGGUGUUUAUGCCCACCAUCCUGGCCGACUUCAACUACGACCCCAUCAAGGCCCAGCUCAUGAGCGUGCCGCCCUACGUCUGCGCCUGCCUCGGCGCCAUCGCCAUCGCCUACCUGAGCGACAAGACCAAGCAGCGCGGUCUGUACCUGGCAAUCUUUGCCGUCAUUGCAAUGAUUGGCUUUGCCAUCCUGCGCUGGCACCAGGAUUCCGACAUCAAGUACAUGGCCAUUUACUUUGUCACCAUUGGAGCUUUCCCGGGAGGUCCGGCGUUUUUGGCCUGGGCGAUCAACAACUCCGCUGGGCCUUCGGUUCGUGCUGUUUCCAGCGCCUACGUGGUUACUCUGGGUACCAUUGGUGGUAUCGUUUCGACAUGGACGUACAUCAAGGAGGAUGGCCCGCGUUAUCCCAACGGACACACGGUCAACUUGGCUGGUCAAAUCGGAGUCUUCUUCCUUGCCAUCUUUGGCAUCUUGUACUGCCUUCGCGAAAACAAGCUGCGUGCCGCCGGCAAGAGGGACCACCGUCUCGAAGGUCUCACUGAGGACGAGACGCUGCAUCUCGGCUACAGGCAUCCCAGCUUCCGCUACAUCACCUAA